AUGGAGAUGGAGUCAAGAGCUGGGUGGAGGGUCCAGGUCUGGAUGGCCUGCCUGCUGCUAGCAUUCUCUGCCAUGGCCAUGGGUAAGACUCUCAUGCUGGGCCUUCAAGUCUCUCAGCCUGAAGUGGACACAGCUCUGGGUCGUGUGCGAGGCCGGCAGGUGGAGGUGAAGGGUACAGCCCGCCGAGUGAAUGUCUUUCUAGGCAUCCCAUUUGCCCAGGCACCACUGGGGCCUGGCCGGUUCUCAGCUCCGCAGCCAGCACAGUCCUGGGAGGGUGUGCGGGAUGUCAGCACAGCCCCUCCCAUGUGCCUGCAGAACAAAGAAAGAAUGGACAACUUCAGGUUUUCGCUGAACGGGAAGCACCAGAUGUUCUCCAUUUCCAAAGACUGCCUGAUCCUCAACAUCUACAGUCCAGAUGGACCCACUGCAGGGACUGGGAGGCCUGUCAUGGUGUGGAUUCAUGGGGGCUCGCUGAUGGUUGGUGCUGCCACCUCUCACGACGGGUCAGCCUUGGCAGCCUUCGGGGACGUGGUAGUGGUCACAAUCCAGUACCGCCUUGGUUUCCUUGGCUUCCUCAGCACUGGGGACGGACACGCACCAGGAAACUGGGGCUUCCUAGACGUGGUGGCUGCUCUGCGCUGGGUACAGGGAAAUAUCAGCCCCUUUGGGGGUGACCCCAACUGUGUCACCAUCUUUGGGAGUUCUGCAGGUGCCCUAAUGACUUCUGCACUGGUCCUGUCCCCACUGGCUGCGGGGCUGUUCCACAGAGCCAUAGCCCAGAGCGGGGUCAUCACCCUCCCAGGGUUCUUGAAUUCUGACCCACUUUCCUUGGCUCAGGGCUUCGCAAACUCAUUGGCCUGCAGCUCCAACUCCACAGCUGAGAUGCUGCAGUGCCUUCGGCAGAAGAAAGGUGAAGAGAUGAUUCUUACCAAGGAGUCCAAGCAGAAAAUUAGUAUCAUGGUUUCUACUGUUGAUGGCAUCUUCUUCCCUAAAAGCCCCAAGGAGCUCCUGAGGGAGAGACAGUUCCACCACGUGCCCUUCCUCCUAGGUGUCAACAAUCACGAGGUUAGCUGGCUUGUCCCCCAGGGCUGGGGAAUCCUGGAUCAGAUUGAGAAGAUGAGAUCGGAGGACAUGCGGACUCUCCUGAGGCCCAUACUGUCAGCAAUGGACAUCCCCCUGGAGCUGAUGCUUACACUCAUAGAUGAAUACCUAGGCAAUAGCUUGGACCCAUGGACCAAACGUGAUGCCCUUCUGGACUUGAUGAGUGAUGUUUACAUCAACCUUCCCACCUUGAACUUCUCAAGAAUCCUCCGAGAUUCUGGAGUUCCCGUCUUUCUGUAUGAGUUUCAGCAUCGACCCAGUUCUUUUGUGAAAAUCAAACCAGACUGGGUGAAAGCUGACCAUGGGGCUGAGUUGGCCUUUAUGUUUGGGGGUCCCUUCCUCACAGAUGAGAGCUCUCUUUUGGCCUUUCCAGAGGCCACGGAGGAGGAGAAGCAGCUGAGCCUCACCAUGAUGGCCCAGUGGACCCACUUUGCCCGGACAGGAGACCCCAAUGGCAAGGGGCUGCCUUUUUGGCCCCGCUUCACCCAAUCAGAGCAACACCUGGAGCUCAGCCUGGCGCCGAGGGCUGGUCAGAAGCUAAGGGAAGCUCGAAUGCAGUUCUGGGAAGAGACACUGCCCAAAAUGAUCCAGCAGUGGCAGCAGAGGCAGAAGGACAGAGGAGUCCAAGAGGAGCUCUGA